CCUUUCUGUAUGACAGAUACAAACAGUAUACAGGAAGCUGGGGUGGGACAGCAGGCGGCGGAUAGCUUGUGGCUUAAACCUGGGGGGAAAUACACAGAAGAAUUCUGCACCUGCACCGUAACCAGCACAACAGAAUGGAAGAACAGAAUAAAGUAGAGGCUACAUUCAAUGCAGAGGAUGCCAGUGUUAUUGUUAAGGAGUGUGUAGAUGUCAUCUUAAGCGGCGUAGACUAUGAUGAGAGUCGAGUCAAUGAGUGGAUGUCUUCAGUGAUUGAGCAGUCGUUAACACACCUCGUAAAGAUGGGCAAAGCCUAUAAAUAUAUUGUAACGUGUACAGUCAUGCAGAGAAGAGGUGCUGGUUUACACACUGCAAGCUCAUCUUUUUGGGACAACACCACUGAUGGUAGUUGCACAGUGCGAUGGGAAAACCGGACCAUAUAUUGUGUUGUCAACGUGUUUGCAGUAGCCAUACAUUUGUAGUUGUUGGCAGAGAAAAAACGAAACCUAUGCACACUUUAAACCUUAUAAAUAAAAGUAUAUCGGACUCUCA